GGUGCAUUGCCUUUUCUAAAGUCGUACAUCGGAAUAUACGAGACAAGCCAAAUCAACACACUAUCAGUCAAGUUUACAAAGCACGGAGCGAGGUCCGAUGAGACGAAGCGUUGUGGGAGUUCAUCUGUGCCGUCAUGUCAAAGAAAACAAUAUCACCAUUUCUUUCACCUGCGCCAAAGCAGCCACGUCAAAACACUAAAGCCAACAAAGAUACCUGAUAUAAUGAUUCCAGUACUCCUGUUCACCCUUUUCGCUGGGGCCCUUGGUGCCAGCGUCACCGAUGCCAACCGCUACAUCGACCAGGUGCUCGGUUACCAAAUGGCUGACCUGGUACGUCGAAACCGGCUGGAUCCACUCGUGGUGGCUCCCUACAGCACCAACCUGGGCGCGCCUGGCACGCUAAGCGCACAGAUGCGCGUCGUCAACGUCACUGGUCUGGGACUCAUCCGGCGCCAAGGCGACUGCGGCCGGCCCGGAUCAUCGGGACCCGGUCGCGUCACCGUCGGCUGCAACGUGGUCCUCGACCGCGUCGCCGUGAGCGCCACUUCCGACCUGACCUACUACGGCGCGCCACGUCGCGUUGGCACCCGGGCCAACUUUGAAACCAACCACGCGCUGGUCGAGGUGACGUCCACCCUUGGUCAGCCGCCCACGGUCAACUUCAGGCUACUCAAGCCACCCAGGCCGCGCGUCUCAUUCAGCGGACUCAGGGACUUGCCCCUGUACAGUGUCAUCCAGAAGGGCUACGAACAAGAGCUGUCUCGCGUCCUUCAGACGCAGCUCUCGGGGCCCUACCUCGUCAACCUUGGUCUCGCCUGCCGGGCCGUCCCCUUCCCACGUUAGCGUCCCACGCCACUGUCCACAAAUAAAAAAAAAGAUCUUCUGCUAGGAAA